AAUCACGAAACUAGAACAGGGUGAAAAAGAAAAAAGGAUUUCUACAGUAAAUUCCAACAAUAUUCCUGAUGCUCCAUUAUCUGAUAUAUCCGAUAAUGCUUCAAAUUCUGAUAUAUAUCAGGAAUCUUGA